UCUGGGUUUGCGUGGCUGGUGCGAUGGUUGGUAGCGUUGUCUGGGGCGAGUGUCUGGGUGAGAGCGAUGGGGAUGCUAGGGCGGCCUUUCCAGGUCCGCUGUGCUUGCGGCUCGGUUCCGCUGGACGGUAUAAAGCUCCGGACGGAAAUGCCAUCAAUCAGAGCACUCUCAGCGUUCGACUUAGUUACUGCUGAUUGAAUUUACCACCCUUCAGUGGUGACCGUCUUUAAUUUCGCGUCUUCUCUUUCCUCGGGGAGAAAUGGCCAUCCGUGCACGCAAUGCGGUUACCCCGUGGGCGGUUUUCGCCAGCGGCAUCGCCGCGCUGCUCGUCGCGUGUCUGCUGAGCGGCAGCGGCGCUAAGGCGCAGGCCCCCCCCGCGGAGGUCGACUGGGAGGCGCAGACGGACUCCAUCCUGCAGCAGAUCUCGCAGCAGACCUUCCUCUCCUCGUUCGCUGAGAUCUUCACCGACUUCUUCCAAUCCGGCCAGCUGUUCAUCGAUCAGAACGCCACCCUCCUGAUCCCCGGCAACGUGGGCCACUGGCGCUACCUCACGCAGUGGAACACCCUCACGCCCAAGCAGAAGCGCCGCCUCCUCCGUUACCACAUCAUCAAGGGCCGUUACACCACUCAGGAGCUUCUUGCCGCGGCCCCCCUCACCCUCUUCCCGACUUUCAACCAGAACCUGCCGCUAAACAAGACGCUUAAGCCCAAUGAGGUGUAUUUCCAGUCGGUCCCGGCGAUGAAGUUUCCGUCGCCGCUUAGCUUGCCGAAUGCGGGGCUGACGCCCAACCUGGCUGCACAUGGUGUCACGUUCGUCAUCCUGCCGCCCAACCUGAACUGCACGACAUCUGCUUGCAAGAAGAGGCUGUUCUAGAGGCACUUCAGCAGCAUCUGUAACUCUAUGGACUUUUGGCAGAUGUGUAAAAGUCUAGAGGUACCAUAACUCAGAGAUUGGCUUGAGAGAGAGAGAGAGAAACAUGGGGCUUUGUUGGGUGCUUCUGGACCUUUGGUGAUGUUGGAUGUUGUAUGGUUGGGCAAUAUAAUUUGGACCGGGGUCUGAAUAAAUAUUAUUUUGAUUUAAGGCGAAAAAGCAGGCUUGUACCUUACCAUGGUGACUUCUUCAUAUUUACCAGGCUAUUCCGU